AUGUCUUCCUCCAAGCUCCAAGAUGCAGAUGAAAUAUUUGAUUUUAAUGAUGUGAUUCCAGAGACCCAGAGGCUGGACAGUAGCUUACAGAAGGCCCGUGCCCAACUCUCAGCCAAGGGCAGGAGACAACGCCCCUCUCGGUCCCGCUUGAGAGACAGUGUCAGCUCAACAGAAGGUGAUGAUAUCCUGGACAAGAAGGUGGGCGAAGGCUGUGGAAGCCCAAUCUAUCACCUGAGAUCCCCUCUUCAUGACUCCCUCCAUGCCUCAUCAUCUCUCCCUGGUUCCUCAGUCUUCACUCGCACCAUUGAGUUUUCCUUUGAUGCCUCAACAGUACAGAGGUCCCUGGAACAGGAAGAGUUUUCCUCCUCUCCUCUCAUCCGUUACCGACCCCUGACCAACACCCCCUCCCAGGAGGGCUUGGGGAGCACACCCACCAGCUCUUCGCCCAGGUCCUGUCCCAGCUCAGACAGCUCACCCAUCUAUGCAAGAAGAGAGAGGCAUAGUGAAGAUGACAGCAGGGAUGCUAGUCCUCCAGAACUGGAAAGCCCCACAAUUGGGCUUGACAAGAAAACACGCCGGAAGUUUCUGGAUUUGGGGGUCACCCUCAGGAGAGCAUCUUCUGGGAAAAGGAGAAAAGAGAAGGGAGGCAACCGCCUCUCUGUUGGCAAUAGGGAGUUGAUGGAGGGUUCCAGCCGUUCCUCGGGAUCGCCCUUCAUGCCUUUUUCCUGGUUCACAGACAGUGGAAAAGGCUCAGCCUCUUCAGGGAGCACAGCUUCUCCUACCUCUUCCCCCAAGAACGAGGCCUUCAGCUGCAAGAAAUCUGCCUCCCAGGAAUCCACCCUAAGUGAUGACUCCACCCCUCCCAGCAGCAGUCCUAAGACCUUGAGCAUGGCUCUGCCAGAGACCAAGUGUUCCUAUCCAUACCAUACACUGUCACAAUCAUCUGAUGAGUUUCUGGAUGAGCCUCUGAGUGCAGCUUCAAUGUGGAGCAGCCAGAAAGUGGGCCAGUGGCUGGAGAGUUUGAACCUGGAACAGUACAUGGCAGAAUUCGCUGUUCAAGAUGUGGAUGGACAACAGUUGCUGCUCCUUGAUGGAGCCAAGCUGAAGGCACUUGGUGUCAGCAACUCUCAUGAUCGGUCUCUUUUAAAAAGAAAGCUGAAGGAGCUGAAUGCAGCUGUCGAGAAAGAGAAGAAAGCCCAGGAAAAGAUGGAGAAGCAGAAAGAAAAACAGAAAAAGAAAGAACAGGAACAGAGGAAGAGUUAA